AUGAGCACAAUAAGUUUGCACACCCUCAACCCCACACUUCGAGAAUUGGCGCGUACGAAUUGUAAUGAGAACCCGAUUACUGUUGUUGAUCAAAUCCGCAUCAUUAAAGAGUGGUUAGAAAAGUCGCCAUAUUUGAAAACAUCCACCGACCCCCAAUUGAUUUUAGCAUUCUUACGUCGUUGUCGCUUCAGUCUGGAGGAAAUAAAAAGACGAAUUGAUGAUUAUUAUGCGCUGAAGAAUGCCUUUCCAGAAGUAUUAUGUGAACGUGGACGCAUACACAUAGUGCACAACAAGCCUGUUACACCGGAUGGACCCGACCUUAUGAUGUCGCUGUACUGCAAAAUCGAUUCAAAGAAAUCAAACCCCCGUUUAGCUUUUAAACUAUUAAUUAUGCUAUUCGAGGUAUUGGCUAUAGAGAGUGACAAUGCUAGCAUAGUGGGUUUGACGUAUGUAAUUGAUUGUCUAGACGUUGGUAUCGAUCUAAUGAUGCAGUUUGACCCGUUCCUUUUGAAAAAAGCCCACACUUUGGUAGACUUGAAACUAAAAGAAGUUCAUAAAUUAAAUAUGAGGCGCGAAGGAUUUCCGAUAUUUAAUUUCGUAACUUCCUUUAUGCCCAGAACACUAGCGUUCAAGUUCACGGCACACAAGAAAGUGGAAGAUUUGUUGGAAUAGUAUAUCCGACGCGACGCUGUAACAAUUGAGUAUGGUAGCGUCAAUGGUCACAUUUCGGAGGCCGUCGAAUCCUUUGCGCAGAAAUUGCUGGCCUAUAAAAAACACUUCCCAGAAGAUGUUCAUUUUGGCACAAAUGAAGAUUUACGAGAUGGACGUAAAAAGGAAUGGAAACUUGGGAAGUUAAGCGGUGUUAGCGGAUCUUUUCGAAAACUGGAACUGGAUUAG